AAAGAUGAACCACGAACCUCCUAUGGCUCAAAUUCAAAAUAGACUUCAGGAGAGACGUCCAAGUGGGGUGCUGCCUAUGUCUUACAUGAAUAUGACCAAGAAAGAAGAUGAGUUUAAGAAAAGGAUGCAGGAAAAGAAAAAGAUGAAUAAAUUACAAGUUAACAAACAAACUAGCAACAAACAACCUACAGUCCAUACAGAAGAGUUAAACCAUAAAUCUGAUACAGUUCUGGAGGAGGGGGAUGAGAAUUACGACUACGUGAGCUUGAAGCGGGUUCCAUUAAAGGUAUCAGAGAAUACCAGAACAUCUAGAGGGUCUCUCAUACCAGAAAAUUGUUUCGAAGAUAAGGAUGUCCCUAUAGUUGAGAAUGGAGAAAAUGACCCUUAUCCCCUGAACUCGGAAACAGAAAGACGACAUUACCUCAGCUCAAAGGGUAUGAUGUCGUAUUUCACCGAUCAGUUCCCUAGUAUCUGUGAUAGACUGGAGAAGGAACUGUUUAAGGACCCGGAGAAUUCUAGAGUUUUUCCACCAGAUAUAUUUUGCAGGGAAAUGUCGGACAGAAAAAUGUUUAUUUGGAAGUUUUCUCCCUCUAUGGAAUGCGGAUUCUGGCCGGACGAGGGGUUCGAGUAUAUUCUCAGGAAACGGUCUAUAAUGCGUGACAAAAGAACAGGAGUUGAGUAUCAAUGGCCUAGCCAGGAACAAAUAGCUGCAGUUCAAACCUUAGGCUUUAACAUUGCUCCCAAGGGCUUUACAUAUCCUCGCAAGGAGCAUGUUAAUCAAGACUCAGAUAUAGGUUGGGAAAUGAAGUUUACCAAAGCAGAUCUAUACAUCUCUCGAAAUCUUCAUCACCCAAAGCUUCGAGUGUAUAUCUUCUCUCUUAUCCUCUUUAAAGCAUUUCUCGAGCCUUUCGAAGGGAUCAACGAACAACAUUUCCGGUAUAUAUUCUACUGGCUGGUUGAGCGAAGCCCGGGGGACUGGACCGAGGAAAAUGUCGGUGAGAAAGUUAAGCUUCUAAUGGAAUACUUGAAGAAGCACUUGACCAAGCAAAAAAUGCCGCAUUACUUUCUCUCCAAGUGCAACAUGUUCGCCACUGUUGCAAACCAUAGGCUCCGAGCGGCCCAGGAGAAGGUUUAUAGGAUACUAGAAAACCCUGUAGUUCACUUCCUUCAGUCCAUCAGUAACAUUCACUAUGAGAAAAACUUCUAUCCAAAAAUGGACACCAAGAAAUUAUUCCGAAUUCUUACUGACGGCAACCUUCUGGCUAAAUCUCUAAAUGUUGGAGCUACUGAUCCAAGUAUAACAGGAUCUCUUGCCGCUAUACCGAAGGAGGUUAAACCAAAAGGCGACCGCUAUCAGAUGAAGAUGCGCGAGGAGCGGAGAAAGUUGGAAGAAAAAGAAAAGGUGAUGAAUGAGGUGAAAGAGUCAAGACGACCUGCUAAAAAUCCAAUAGAUGUUGAUGCAACAUUGCCGGCCCGUCUAGAUGAACUACGUAAAAGAUAUGUUUUGGAGUUCUUCAUCGAACACUUUAUAAAGAUGGCUGAAAAGUCUAAUAUAUUCCGAGCUUAUGGUCAAGGAUAUAUGUAUACCCAACAUGCUGACAACCUACUCAUUCUACUGAGUAAGCUCGGUUAUGAAGGCUCAAAAGAAUACAAUACUUUUGAGGAGAACUUAUUCAGAUUAAAGCAGAAUACUGAGGCUGUUUAUGACAAGGACUAUUGGAGUAUUGCAUACAGUCAUCCUAAGCUGACUCACUCAACUAGCUUUAGAUCAAUUGAUAUUUCAUCAAUCCCACUUCCAUCGUUACCAGAGCAGAAGGCCUCUCCUAUUCCUGGAACCAAGCAGAUGAAUGGUGUAACUGUGAGCAUAGACGUGCAUUCUCCAGUAAUAGGAGUAGAAAGAGGAGAAAGAGUAAAAGGAGGAUCAGGUGAUAAUGUCCAGGAGGAACUCCUUGAGGAAGAUGAACAGGAUAAUGAUGAUGAGACUGAUGAGAAGCAUUCAGAUGUCUGGGACAGGAUUGAUAUUGGAUUCUCUGUAGAAGAAUCCGACGAUUUUGAUACAAGGUUGUGAGGUUUCAACACUAAUCGUAUUCUAAAAUACCGUUAAUCUUGACCGAUUGAUUUCGAUAUCCAAUGUGGGCUCUCUGAAAGUUGAAAGUAACUGCUUGAUCCUUCAAUCAAAGUUAUCCCUGUAGGGUAUGACCAGCACGGGAUAAAUUGAUCCGUGUGCAUGAAAUGAAGAUCAAUGUUUGAACCUGAGAUUAAAGGAACAGAUAUUAUCUAUGUAUUGUAUAUAUCUUAAAUGUACUUAAAUCUACAAUUAUAUGCAGUCCCAACCUUUUCUACUGCUCUCCUUGGGCGAACGGGUAUUAAGCGUCUUAAGAGAAAACGUCCAAAAACGUUGAAAACCGUAUAUAAUUAUAUAAUUUUCUUGAACUAUUUGUAUAUUUUAAAAAUUUUAGUUUGUUUUAUCCAUUCACUAAUCUAUUCAAGUUAGCAAUGUAAAUAAAGGAAAUUGUUUUUCGCUA